CAAUCGAAGGCAUCCUACCUGGCACCGCGACGAGACAGGGAUCGCAUUGUCCCGGACUCUGAAACAGGCAGCUACAAAAGGACAAUGUCUCCCAAUGGCCACGCUCUGCCUCCUGAACCGAUGAACGAGUCACAAAAGACGAGUAGCAGAGAAACGAUGUGGCCCUCCCACAGAACUCCCAAGAACAAUAACGUAAUGCGGCGCAUCUCCAUGAACGAGCAGCAAAAAAAAGAAAAAUGUGAUGAUAAAGAAGACUUGAAAAGACCGCUAGUUUUACCGGACGUUCUUCCAGUCAACGUCAAACUCGGGUCUAGAUCUCAACAAUAUAACAGGCCCACGCAUCUGAGUCUCGUGUCGACCGAAGACGAGUUCGGUGCGAACAAAACGUCACCAAAGUCUCCGAUGAGAUCUCCUCCAGCCUCGCCGCCAAAGAGUCCUUCCAGGAAUUCUCCGUUCACUCCGCUGCGUACCACGAGUUUUUCGUCACCCUGCGCGAUAACCACUGCUACCACUACUAGCUGUACUUCGACUAUUUCACUGGCUGUGACGUCUACUCCGACUUCUAGGUUUUCGUUGAGUACGUCCAGUUCAACGACGACUACGAGAUCUUCGCCUGCCUCAGUGCCAAGAACAGCACCGAGCCCGGAUUGGAACCAGUCUGGUUUCAGUCCUCCACAAUCUCCCAGAAGAGCCUCCCCUCCCAUGUCUAAAUCGCCCAAAAGGAUAUCCCCUCCGAUCAAACCAUCGCUGUCUCCUAACUCCACCAUGAAAUUAACCCCUAUCAAAAUUUAUCCUCUGACCACAUCUACCCUCAGCACUUCUUCACACACCUCUCCAGUUUCUUCGCCUGUUUCGUCCCCUAGAGCGCCUACCCCUCCUAGUUGUUCUCCCCCGUCUUCACCGAUAAAAAGUAGUGAGUAUCCCAAGGUGAUAGAAGGUUUGCAAAUGAUCCAGAGGACAGAAGUAGUCUUGAGGGUUAAUACGUCUAUGACAGAUGCUGCCUCUCAGACUGAUAAGGAGGAGUUGCCUCCAACACCCCUUCCGACUAGAAAGAAGUUGCAGGAAGAGAUCGAAUGUGAAAAACUGGCGGAAGACUUGGUAGACCAUCUUCCCAGUUCAGAUAGACUGAAAGAGCUGCUGGUUCCAGCUCCAGAACACAAGAAACCUACAGAUUAUGUCCACGGUUUGUUUCGAGUUGAAAUAACGUCAAGGCCUAGACCUUUCAACUCUCCGUUUCGAAGUAAGAAUAACACACCAAGUAGUACUCCCCCGCCAACGCUAACAUCAGUAUCUGCUAGUAGUUCUGGUACAACAGCGAUAAAUAGCGCUACAAAUAAAUUAAGUUUAUCACCUGCCACAUCUGUAGUAUCUUCGUUGGAACCCACAAGUCCUCUAUCAGGUUCCUCCACAUACUUCACUACGUCCGAACCUAAGGCUAAAUUCCUAACUAGGUACAGUCAAGAUAUGAAUCAGUGUCAAAUCGUUAAAAAUACCAAAGAUCUUAGUCAAAAAAAGGAGGAAUUAGUGAAUCGACUGGACAGAAAACUGGAAGUACUUCGUAGCGAGCAUCUCGUCGUCAACGAUGAAUGCAAAAUAAACGAUGAGCUCGGAGAAAAUGUGGAAUCUCAUAUCAACAGGCUGGCCAGACCGCACGAAGUUGCUAAAUUCAGACUGCAUGUCGAAGAAAUUGGAAAAAUCACCAGCCUUCUUUUGGGCCUAUCAGGAAGGUUGGCGAGAGCGGAAAAUGCUUUGAUGGGAAUGUCCGAUGAUCACCCUGAAAGAAGGAUAUUGGAGUCCAAACGAGACAAACUUCUCGACCAGCUCGAAGAAGCCAAAAAACUAAAAGAAAGCAUCGACCGCAGGAGUGUAAACGUCUCCAACAUCCUGUAUAAAUACCUGAACUCUGAAGAAUAUGCCGAUUACGAUCACUUCAUCAACAUGAAAGCCAAAUUGAUCAUGGAUUCGAAGGAAAUAUCCGAUAAGAUUAAGUUAGGAGAAGAGCAGCUGUUAGCACUCAAAGAGACUCUUAUUGUCACAGACUGAUUGUGUGUAUAUUAUAUAUGAACUGUUUGUUGUAAAGUAAUGCUUUUAUUUAACAUUCGAGUUUUAUCGAAUGAGCUAGUCCAAUGCCUUGGAGUCAUUUUGCUUUUGAAUGUCUGUCCUCCGGACCCUGAAGGAUUCAUGUAAUAUUUGUGGGCUGUAAACUGAUUGAUAGUUGGGAGGGAAGGAGUAAAGUUCGACAAAUUUCAAAGGGUUCUCAAAGGGUUCUCAAAUAAUGACUGCAAAAAGAAAAAGUGAAGCAGAUAUAUUUUAUUCUCUGGUUGGAUAAUUAUUAUCAUGAAGGGGAACACGUUUAAAUUUUGUAUUGAAGAACGUUUGGUUUGAAAUUGAAUUCAAAUAGAUAAUUUAAUUGUUUAUUUAUUAUGGGGAUAAUUUUACUAGUUUUCAUCUCUCCCAUUCCACUAUCUGCAGUUUAUUUCCGUUUUUAUGAAUAAUUUUAAGUUUUGGUGAUUUGUUUGACCGUUUUGGAAAGAAUAGCUAUAGAGGUGACCUAAUCUGUUGCAUUUAUGGUGAGCUACAAUGAAGAACGAACAAACGAAUAAUUUCAGUGGUCAGGUCAAUCAUUUAGUCAAAUAUUGGGUCAAUUUUUCACCCAUUUUUUCCGAAACGGUCGAAAUUUUGUCGAAGUUAUGGUUUUUCAAAUGUUCUUCUCAGAAAUGUUUGAAAUAGCCAUAUAGUAGGGUUUACCUCGCAACUAUCGUCAAUAAGAGCUUGCAUUGGUAUAUUUGGCGAUUAGAUGCCAAAUGGACACCUCUUACCAUUUCCGGAAAUGGAUAAGACGGUGUUUUCCAGCAGACUAGGCUGUUAUAAUGUGCAUUUUGUAUUUCAUUAGUAUGUAUUUUAAGUGCAAAUACGGGAUAUUGUGUAAUGAAGGUUUUUCGAGGUAUUCGCUGUCAACGAUUAUUUAUUUUAUUUGUUUUAUUAGUUUUUAUGGAUGUAAAGGUCGCCUGGAACAAACCUUUUUUAAACUAUAUUCCCUGAACAUCUUCCUACCAAGUAUUUAAUAUAUUAUAUUAGAUGUACUAUAAGUCAAAAUUGUAAUUUUUUAUUUUUUUUUUGGAACUGUGGAACUGGAACUGUGAGCCAAUCAUUGUAUAUAUAAUAAUAAAGAAAAACGAAUAUCAUGGUGCUCUGGAAAUUGUCAUAUUAUAAUAUUCGUAAGUUGUUACAUUGUGAUUUAUUAGUGUGUUGAAACCAGUCGUAUGUAUUUUCUCAAAUAUUUUUAAUUUAUCAUUUUAAGAUAUAUUUACAUUUUCAAAUCCAAUAAACUAUUUUUUGAGCUUUACGCAUUGCUUGCAGUAAAUAAAUAACCGAUUUUGAAUAUUA